AUGCAAUUCUUUGUUGGCGCAUUUCAUGGCUAUGCUCAUAGCUGGCAAUGUCAACUAUGUUUCCACCCCUGGGUUGUAACUGUGGCUGGUCUGGAAGACUUUGAGACCUGUGAAUGGGUCUUCAGGCAGCAGAACCAGACUGCUCCUCUCUUCUGGCACUCUUCUUCAUACCAUUGUCAUAUGACAAUGGACUGGUUUUAUUGCCAGUGGAAUUCUGACUGGACAUUAGUGUUGGGUGCAUAUUUUCUUGCCCAGAACUACAAACAGGCACUCAAAAUCAUCAACCAGACUGGUGUGGCAGUCGAUUCUCUCAUGGCCAACCUUGAGUGCAGUCCAGACAAUCUGCAGAUGUGCCUGCAGCAGGAAAAGGAGUAUUUCCGGGAUCUGAUCCAGGAACCUGAGGAAGAGCAGAUGGCUUUCUGGUAUCUGGAAAUGCUGCAGGAAUUGGAACUGGAAUGGUACAUGUCCACUUCCCCCCGGUUGUCAUUCAAUUAA